AUGAUAAUUUCAAUGAUGAUAAAGCCCUCUCUUCAAAUGAUGAGAACUCUCAAGAAGAGGAUUCUGACUACACUUAUAACCCAACCCUGGAGAUGAUUAUAUCUAUAUCACCAUCUAUAGACAGACAAUUAUCUCAAAAGUUGCCAAAAGACGUUAAAGCAACUGAUAAAAUACUUUCAAAGAUAUCAUACUGCACAUCAGCAACUCUCGGACCGUUGAACUAUUCUCUUAAGACUCUAUAUAAUAUGAAGCCCGCAGAAAAUAAAAAAGAAGCUCUUGAAGUCUGGGCAAUAUUGGAACAAUCAUUGCUAGCAGCUAGGUCUCUGUUACUGGAUUUUCUCUCUUAUACCACACAGGUUAAAAGAGACUUGACUAUCAAAGCUAUCAUUCCUUCCUAUCAACCCAGGGCUAAGCAUGAAGAGUUGUUUGGUGAAGAACUUGCUGAUUAUGUUAAAAAAGAAAUGAAAUUUCAAAAUUCUUUAAUGAUGUUGCAUGGCAAAAAAGAAGAGGCAGAGGUAGAGGAUUCCAUAGGGAAUUUGGAACCUCAAGUUAUAGGCAAAAUUUUCGGCCAGAUCCUCUACAAAGAGGUCAGUCUUAGUCCCAAAUACAAAUAUAAGAAAAGCCCUGACUACAGAUAUAUUGCAACUUCUGUGGAAAGGAUAGAAGCCUUAAACAAACCCUUCUUGGAUAUUAAUACCCAAAGUUUUAAACAAAGUAAUUCGAGAGAAAGUGAUGAUAACUCUAAUUUUUCUUUUGUAGCAAAUGGCACUCUGGUUCUCUAUCUUACUUUAUCUUCUAGCAGAUCUCCCAGUUAUAAUUUUACCAAACUCAAUUAUUCACAAUUAUCAGAGAUCGAACAGGAGGAUAGGACUUUAGAAUCUUUGUAUAGCGUGUUUAUUAGAAAACACUUAUCGAACAAGAGCCUUCAAGAAGGAGAUAUUAACUUAUUUUCUGCGGCAUAUGAUCCAAAAGCAUCAAAAACGGUUUCCUCAAAUAUCAGAGUGUAG